AUGGCGGCUUCCAGUGAGUCGGAAAGCGUGAGUGCAACGCCGACGGGGAAGAAAACGAAAAAGAAUAAAAAUCAAGUCGAUGAGUCUGAACUUCUGACCGUACCGGAGGGAUGGAAGGAACCGACCUUCACAAAGGAAGAUAAUCCAAGAGGUUUAUUAGAGGAGAGCAGCUUCGCCACCCUCUUCCCAAAAUACAGAGAAGCAUAUCUCAAAGAAUGUUGGCCGCUCGUACAGAAAGCCCUGGGAGACUCGCACAUUAAAGCUACCCUGGACUUAAUAGAGGGUAGCAUUACGGUCUCCACUACCAAAAAGACUUUUGAUCCAUACGCCAUCAUAAGGGCCAGAGAUCUUAUCAAGUUGUUGGCCAGGAGCGUGCCGUUUGAACAGGCUGUUCGGAUCCUUCAGGACGACGUUGCGUGUGACAUCAUUAAAAUUGGGACGCUGGUGCGGAACCGAGAACGGUUCGUUAAAAGGAGACAGAGGCUAAUCGGCCCCAAGGGAUCAACUCUGAAGGCCUUGGAACUGCUGACAAAUUGCUACGUCAUGGUGCAGGGGAACACAGUUUCAGCCCUCGGACCUUACAGCGGCCUCAAGGAAGUACGGAAGGUGGUUUUGGACACAAUGAAGAACAUUCACCCAAUAUACAACAUCAAGACGCUGAUGAUCAAGCGCGAGCUGGCCAAGGACCCCGAGCUGCGCGCGCAGAGCUGGGAGAGGUUCCUGCCCAAAUUCAGGCAGAAGAACGUGAGCAAGCGCAAGGAGCCCAAGAAGAAGACGGUGAAGAAAGAGUACACGCCCUUCCCCCCGCCGCAGCCCGAGAGCCAGGUUGACAAGGAGCUGGCAACUGGAGAGUUCUUCCUCAGAGAGAGCCAGAAGAAGAGGAAGAGGAUGGAGGAGGUUAAGGUGAAACAGACUGAAGCUCUGACCAAGAGGCAAGAGGAACGAAACAAGGCCUUCAUUCCCCCGAAAGAGAAGCCCGCUUUGAAGAAGACCAAGAAAGCACCAACUGAUAGCAAAAUAGAUAUUGAAGCCAUCAAAGAAAAAGUGAAGAAGGCCAAGACUAAGAAGUUAGGGGCUCCUCCAGCGAACCCAGCGCCUCAAACGAGCACAGCCGCUGUGAAGAAUAAAAAGAAAAAGAACAAAGGCUGACCCCCCCCCCCCCCGCCACCACACCACAUUGUGAAAAUGAUGGAAGCGCCUCAGCACAUCUCCGGGACUAAAGUUUGCUUUUGACUCUGCUGAAAUAAGCAAACGCAGGAACGGGCUUUCUGAAAGGGGAACAGAUGACCAGUCGGCUGAUUUAGUUUCGUUAUUAUUCUUCAUGGUCUUGUUGAAUGCCCAGAAUGUGCCGUUUUAAGAUAAUUUAUAUUUUUUUAUAGGCACCUCUAUGUAAAAUAUUAUAACACUGAAA